AUGGUAGCGAUCAAAUUUCUUUGUACUUUACUCAUUAUCGCAACUGCGACACUGGUCACCGUAGUCGAUGCCUUUAAUCCCCAGCUUAUGCUUAAACUUGUUAACAAUGAACGUAAAAAGGCGGGAGUUCCUGAACUCACUUUAGACAGUAAAUUGUCGAAAGCUGCUCAAAAGCAAACUGAUUUCAUGGUUAGUACCGACAACCUUACUCAUGAUAACCCUGCCGGCUCGUUAGGGAAACGUGUUCAAGAUGCAGGGUACAGUUUUGGUAGUGUUGGUGAAAAUAUCGCCAAAGGAUUUGGUACAAAUGAGGAAGCGGGCGUCAUGCAAAUUUGGAUGAAAUCUAGUGGGCAUCGGGCAAAUAUUCUUAAUAAAGCAUUUACCAAUUUAGGAGUUGGAUUUGGUGGGGGAAAAUAUUGGACACAAGUUUUUGGUCGACCAUCACGUGCUACUAGGAAAUCCAAAAGAAAUGUGACCAAACCGGCACGAUUAAUUGAAAACUGA